AUGGAAACACAGAUCAAAAUAGGGAUGAUGAAGAAAACCACUUUGGGCAAAACCUUUAGUUUUGAGUGCAAGGUUAGCGGAACGCCAAAAAGUUUGAAAACGCAGACGACGGCAGAUACAUACGGAAAUGAGUUAGGAGAAGCAGGAGAAGAAAAGGAUGACGACUCGUGGACGUGCAUAACGUACGUGCUGAGAGAAGGGUGCAGAGACAAGUUGAGAGCGUUCGUGGAGGGACUGAAGAGAGUGGACCACAACUACAUACUUAACACGAGGGAUUUUAGAGGACUGGGCUCGUUUUACUUCUGCACGUACCCAAUCCUGCCCUCGAAAAAGUAUAGCUCAUGCUGGUCGGACUGGGGCUCGAAGUACGGAAGAGUGGCGCCGACCAAAAACGAGUACCUGCCGAAGUGCAGCAUAUUCCUGGUAUUCGAGGACCUGGACGUCAUCAUGUCGAAGGAGCAAAUCGAGUGCGUCAUUAACCUGAUCAACCACAACGUAUUCAAGUUCAGCUACUGGAUGUCAGGAGUGGUCUCGACGUUCGAAAACGCAAGAGCAUCGGAGGAAGACGAGAAGAUGUACAUGGAGUACUGGCCGCAGUUCCUGAUGUCGAACCCGACCGUAGGAGCGGAGUCGCCAGCAGUGGACUCGGAGGUGUCCAGAGAGAAGAUAGAGACGGCGGCGUCAGAAAUAAGCCAAAUCAUCAUCGACGCCUACGAAAACGAAGGAGAGGAGGAAGAAGGGAGCAGCGAAAGGUCAGGGAAGCAGAUCACGAGGAAGGAACUGACGCAGUUCGUGGCAGACUUUGAAAUCCUGCACUCAAUACAGACGAUAAGAAUACUGAGGAACAGAGCAAACCACAGCCUUAACAGACUUAUCAGAGGGUUCCAAGCAGGGACGAAGUCGACGAUACUGGGCUCGAACAUGAACGAGUGCAUAACAAACGUGCUCUUCACGAACAUAUGCGCCUCGUACGACAAUAAGGAGAGCUCACAGGCAGGGCUGGUGACCUCGAAGGUGCAGGAGAGACUGCAGUUCGUGGGAGGAAUCUACGAAAUAGUGUCGAAGCAGGCGAACAGAAGCGGGAUGAUGUCGUCGCUGAAGAAGCUGAACACGGAACAGACGUUUACAGUGGACCUGGCGCUGGACUUCCUGUUCAUCAACUCGAAGGUCAUACUGACGAACAACAUGCACACGUCGAAGGACGAGACGGACAUCAAGGGGUACAUACUGUGCUCAAACGGACUGCACAUAUUCUACCAGGACACGUACGGAAGGGACGGAAGUAGGUUCAUAGAGUUCGAAGCAGCACCAUUCACAAUAUUCUCGCUCGACAUAACGUUGCCGAGAGGGAGGUACACGAGAACGGAGAGCAUCGGAGAGGAUAACACGCUGACAGUGACGUACACGGAGAAUUGCGAAGUGAGAGGCGGCGAAGGGGGGCGCGGAGAAAAAAGUACCUGCAUAUGCGACAUGGUGAGUGGAACGCCGUGCAUACUGAUGAGCUGCGGAGACUGCACGCCGGACCCGAGGAAGAAGAACAAGAAGAACCUGCUGUCGCUGCUCUGGGGAGAGGACGAGGAGAACUGCCUGUUGCCGUCAGUGCUGUACUUCGCCUCGGACUACAACCACUUCAGAAUCCCGGAGACGUCGGACGUGAAGAUACGGCUGCACCUGGACUCGGAGAUAUUCAUGCACCUGCCGAUCAUCGACGAGCUGAGCCACAUACUGCGAAUCUACAAGUACAACAUGGACAAGCACGCGAGCACGUUCCCGAUAAAGAUCGACGAUAAGCUGAAGAGGCUGGAGUACCUGGCGAAGGAGGACUCGGUGGUCUACGAGCUGGUCGACCUGGGCGUGGACUACCAGAGGAAGAUACUGCAGGGCUCAAUCACGUACCUCAACUACGACGUGAACAUAGAGCUGGCGAAGGGGCUCUUCCUCAUGUUCGACGUAAACCUGAAGGGCUCGUACUUCACGUACAAAAUCGCACUCGACCUGCUGAAAAUUAAGACGCUGACGCGCAACUACGAGGAGGACGAGGAGGGGAGCUGCUCGGCGGACACUCUGGACUCGGAGGCUGUGACCGACAGGACAGAGGAGUUGCUGUACUCGGACGGCCUGCAGGAAGGAACGUGCUUUCACGCGGUGAACAUGCUCAGAGCGAGGAGCUCGGCGGAGCAGGAGGGCUUUAACCCAAUGAGUUGCCUGAGUCCGAACGUGAAGGAGAUCGACGCGGGCGAGGACUCAGGAGUUGAUGUGAGCGAAGGAGUCGGCGUUGAGGUCACGGCCGGUGAGAGCGGCGACGUGGCUGGUGGUGGCGCACUCCUAGGCAAUGACAACGCCGGCAGUAACAACCCUGGCAGUAACAACAGUGCAGAUAACAACAACCCUGGCAAUGGCAACCCUGGAAUUAACAACAGUGCAGAUAACAACAACCCUGGCAAUGGCAACCCUGGCAGUAACAACAGUGCAGAUAACAACAACCCUGGCAAUGGCAACCCUGGAAUUAACAACAGUGCAGAUAACAACAACCCUGGCAAUGGCAACCCUGGAAUUAACAACAGUGCAGAUAACAACCCUGAUGGCAACGAACUGUAUGAAGAGAAUGGGCGCUUUCAGUCCUUCAGUAGCGAUGAAAAUGUGGAGAGAAAGUACGACAUGGGAACGCAGCUGGACACGGACGGAUACGACCUGCACGCGUGCAUAGUCUCAGGGCUCACGUUCGACUGCCUCAACGGAAUGUGCGAGUUGGAGGAGAGAAGCGUCUACAUGGGAAAAAACUGCAGAAUCUCGCUCAACAACUACCUGAAGUCGGUGCUGAGAAUAAAGACGAAGUACCUGGACAGAGUCGAGGGCAUGGGCGAGUUCACGAAGCUGUUCGAAAGUAGCGUUAACCUGGUGAGCACGGACAGAGAAGUGAAGGUGGUGGUGAAGACGCUGACGAACAUGGUGAAGCAGAACCACGCAAACCUGAUAGUCUCAGUGGACAUGGGAAGCAUGUACGUGGCGCUGAGGGACGUGGACAUGGUGGGCCUGAUAUGCUCGCUGUCUGACUACAAGCAAAUCAUACUCAAGUACGCAAUUAAGCUGGACGUGGUCUCGGAACACGACAUUAAGAGGAAAGACGCGAGCGUAAGCGUGCACCAGAACAAGUACCACAGCAACAAGUACAUACGGAAGCUGAAGAAGGGAGACGAGGGCGGCAGCAGUGAAGGCAAGGAGUAUUUCGACGACCUCAUGCUCAAGGUGUACUUUAACUGGAACCUGCUGCAGGAGAGCCAGAGUGGAGAAAGGACGGAGGGCCUCAUCAAGUACGAGAUGAAUCUGGACUUUUUCAACCUGACCUUCAAGAGACUGAUAUCGUUCAACACGAAAAACAGCUACUACACAGACUGGAACGGAAGCAGCCCGGUGAACGAAAGCGCAGGCAACGGAGGUAACGCCAAUGUGAGUGCGAGUGCUAAUUUCCUGAGUAGAGAUGAGUCGUCGAAGUUCGGAAGCGGAAACUACGGGUUCAACAAUUACGUACACGGAUAUGACCUGAAUAAGUUGGAGGAGUACGUUAAGUUCUACGGAAUAUCGACGCCGCUCCUGAGUCUUAAGGUGACGGGGUUCGGAAUAAAGGUAGGCAUCCUGGACUCGAAAAUAGAAAGAAUAUGCUCGUACCUGGGCUCGAUGGAAGUGGAGGACCAGUCGAACUGCGUGCCGCUGUACGCGUCGACGCUAUUCUCAGGAGGGAACACAACAAUGCUGUGGUCAUGGCUGAAGGUGAGGAGAGAGUACGACCAGUAUAGAAUGGACACGGAGCGAGUAGGAGUGGGAAGUAGUGGAAUAGAAGCGAGGCCGUCGAAAGGAGGGAGGACAGUGAGCGGAAAGAUAUACGGCUACUAUAAGAGAGUGCAGAGGUACAUAGACGCGACAAUGGAUUUUGACGCGCACUCGCACAACCACAUAUAUAACGCAGACGACCAGGAAAAUCUGGACCACAUAGUGGAGAGCAUAAUGAAGAUGAACGUGCACGCGGGCGAUAAGGCGGCAGAAGUGGACCUGCGUGAAAUGUACGCGCUUGACACGAAGUCGCAUUCCUCCUCGUCAAACACGCCGAGAAAUAAUCGGAGUAGCAGGGACAUGGAAGACGAAUCGUGCAAUAACAGCAGCAGUAUGAGUCAGCUGCUAGAACAGUACAGAGAGGAUUACACGACCCACAGCAGUAGUUUCGAGAUGGAUAGCGAAAGGUUGGAGAUUUCACUUGACAAGAAGAACAGCGGCGACAAGGACAUCGGAGUCGUGGGCAUGGUCUUCGGAGGAUGCCCGUGCUUCGUGAGUCUGUCGCUGAUCUCGGGGACGACGAGAAGCUGCAGCAUAUACGUGUCUAGCUCAAUAGUGACGCUGCCGUGGGAAGUGAUCGAGUCGGUGACGACGUACUUCAACUCGAUCAACGCGUACAUAAAGGAUAACACGAACCAGAGCGGCGCGAGAGAAAACGAGGACAUGUACAAGGAUGACGACGAGUACACAGAAGACUUGGGUAGCACAGACGCAGGGUCGCAGCGAGGCUUGGACGAAGAUUACCAGGACGCAAGCUCAGGAGACUGGGAAAGCAAGCGCUUGAAAAAGGGAGACGUUGAGCACGAAAGUAACAAAUUUGGCCUGGAGGACACGGACAGCGUGUCAGACGUUGCAGAAGUGGGAGAGGAUGACUCGACGCUCGUCGGGAGGCUGCACUCCGAGGGAACGAGCACGCCCACGGAUCAUGGUCACGAGGAAGAGGAGGACGUGUUGAACAGGCAGUUCUAUAGGACGCCCGAGGAGUCGGAAAAAAAAUUCUCCUUCAACGUGCACGUGGGCAUCAGCUGCAUGAAUCUGUUCACGGAGAGCGCCUGGACGGGCUACGGGUACUUCCUGAAGUACCUGUACCACAAGACCGUGCCCAGCGACAAGGCCAUGAACCUGAAGUGGAACCUGGUGAGGAACAUCCUGCGGGACAAGAACAGGAAGGCGUACAUGAUAUAUCCAAUCACGAUCAACAUCACGGGCCAGGGCUCCCUGUAUUUGACGCACGCGAGAGUGGUCAACAGUGGCAGAUACGACCGCAGAAGAUCCUCAAGGCUCAAGUACGGGAACGUGCACAGAAGAACCAAGUUCGACAUGUACUGCAAGGAAACCAUCGACCAAAUGUUCGACGGAUGGUUCCACUUCAUGCCCUGCGUCUUCGAAGUUAAGCUGAUGUCGAGGAACGUGAGCGUGAAGCUGACGAGAGAAGCCUCAGGAGCAAUCCUGACGCCCUCAGGAUACACGAUGUGCGACGUCUACCUGGACAUAUCGAGCGACUUCAGACACAAGAGAGCGAACUUCAUCAAGUACAUCAAAAUGAGCCUCCUGAUGGACAAGAGGUACUACGCGCUGGUCAACCUGGCUAAAAACAGCCUCUACGACCCGACGAACCUGAACACGAGCAAGAUAGUAGACCCUUUCAGGUCGACAGUGUCGGCAGUGUUCUACCUCUACGGCAACGACAGGAACACAUGGGCGACGCAAAUCAUGCCGCAGUCGCUCUCAGUGCACCUGAAGCUGGAGCCGCUCAACGUCUCAGUCAACUGCAUCGACUUCUUCUGCCUCAUGGACUUCUCGAACCUGCUGCUGAGCUUCUUCGAGCUCUUCAAGCAGAACUACACGCUGAUACUGCACGCAUCCGACGAGUUCCUGGAGCACUGCAAGGGCGACUACACGACGCUGGAAAAAAUAAGGAUCACGAAGCUGUUCUCAAAGAUGGAGUCGGGCUCAAAGGCGGAAGGGUUUAAGAGCAGCAGCUACAGCGAGUACAGCUCCUGCGUGUCCUCGCGAGAGUCGUGGUACACGAACCAGAACAGCAGCGGGAGCCUCAGAACCUCGAGGCUGAAGCUGGACGAAAUGCCGGAGUCAGGAGGAUACGCGAGCGAGGACGAGUACUCGUGCGAGUCGGGCAGCAACUACAACCGCAACAGGACGGAGGAGGAGAUGUACGAGACGAUAAGCGAGCUCCAAAGCUACUACGACUCGGGAGCGCAGGAGCCCUACGCCCGAGGAGCGAGGUACCUGGACAAGGAGGAGGCAAUGAGCAGCUCCUCGGCAGACUACGAAGAGGCGGAGGGGCAGAGCCUCCUGACCAGGAUCCUCUCGACGCUCAGCGUCGGAGUCUCAGUGGACCUGGAGCUGAUAAACGUGGAGAUCGUGAGCAGCGUGACCUCGGAGGUGAAGCACAUGUUCGCUCUCACAGUCGAGGACACGGGACUCUGGUUCUGGGUCAACAACAUAUUCGACUGCGAGUUCCUCGACGCGAGGUCGAAGAUACCGAGUCUGGAGUUCGGAGAGGAGGGCGCCCACAGAGCGACGUGGUUCAACGACCCGCUGCUGCACAAGGACCCCUCGCACUACCACAUCGGAGACGUCGACUACGAAAACGUGGCGUACCUGGAGCAGUUCUCAGGAGUGCUGCGAGGAGGAUUGCUGGAGAUGUCGUCCUCCUCGCUCCCGCAGGCGAUGAAGUACAAGGCUGACGCGGUAACGGACACGCAGGUGAUAAUAGACGAGCUGAAGGAAACAAAAAACAUAAUCAUCAGAGACACCGCCACCAACCAGCCUGAGUCGAAUAUUCAAGUUCGGACUGGAUUCACGCCGCUUAACCAGACGCCGUCGGAAAUAUAUAACCAAGAUGAGGACGAUGCCGAGUUUGAAGCAAACCGAUCCCACAGCGGGUACUCAAUUCACUCCGCGGAGAACAGGAACGACGUGGUCAUACUGAUUAACGACGAGUACAAGCGAAACAACGUGAGAUACAGCAUCGUGAGCAAGAAGCAGAAGGCGGAGAAGGUGGAGAACCUGAUAGGAGUGCAGGCUGAUGAGGAAAACAACGGCAUCGGACUGGAAAACAUACUGCACGUGGACGAAAUGAUCGACGUGGAAAAGAUCCCCUCGAUAGCGAGUUUCAAUAAGUUCCUAGGAGCGUCAUCAGAUGACAUGGACCUGGAUGAAACCUAUUACGAAAACAGGCAGCUCGACCAGUGUUACAGAGAAAAUGUGAAGAACUUUAUGCAGUUUAGAUUUAAGACGAGCGUGACAAUAGACCUGUGCAGAGAGGGAAACAGAGAGAUGGCAGUGGAAACGUUCACAGUGAGUCUGAUGGGAUAUAAGCCGUCGCUGGCGACGAAGCUGCUCUCGAGGCUGGAGUCGUCGUGGAUAAACGUGAACGUCACGCUUAACGCAGCGGAGUGCUACUUCGGCUUCCUGUCGUACGUGUCAGUGAUGCUGAAGCUGAGGAAAAUACUGCUGGAGUACUCAAUAGAGGAGGCGAAGAUCCUGGACUCGGUGACGAAGUACACGAUCAACGACCAGGUGCCGAGGCUGUCAGCAAAGGCAUUUGAGCCGCCAAGUGAACAGGCGCAAAUAAGAACGUCGAAGGAGUACGGAGAAGGAAACGUCAUGGGAAGAGCAACAAAGGACCUGUCGGAGUACACGCUGAGUAAGUUGUCGAGAGACUCGAGGCCGUCGAAGGACAUGAGAAUAAGUAAAAUGUUCAUGGACACGAAGCUGAGUAAGCUGAGUGUGUACUCAGAGGCGGAUCCGGCGGAAAUAUACUCAAUGCCAAUCAACAGCGUGACCAAGGACAUGUUCGCAAAAUGCAUAACCUACAGGUACUUCAACGGACUGUUGCAGCCCUGCGGAGUGAUGAACCUGAAUAAGCUGAUAGGAGAGCGGCUGAAGGCAGUCUCGGAGCUCAAGUUCCUGGGAAUCAAGAAGCUGGAGCCCCUGUACCAGUCGUACCUUAAGUUCGACACGAAGGAGCCGACCGGAAAGACCACACAGGGGGACCUGAAGGAGGACUUCGCGCAGUACAAGACGGACCAGGACAUAUACAACGUGCCGAUAGAGCAUAACGUAGUGCACGUGGGCAAGCUGGGACACGGGAACGUGUUCGGCUCAGGCUACGAAGGGAACAUGCACUCGAGGCUGCACAAUAACCUAGGACAGCCGAUAGCAGUGGCGAUGAAGGGAGGGCAGGCGAGUCACGGAGCGUCAAUACAUCAGCUAGUGAUGAUGAACACUGCGACGUCAAACACGGCGAAUGAGUUCACGGAACGGGCUAACGUGGAUGCGACUGCGAUGAGAGACACCGGAGUGCCGAGCGAGGACUCGUACACGUGGCUGGUGCUGAGAGACGGAGCCUCGUGUGAGUUGCCAGUGGGCCACUACGGAAUACUGGAGCCAUUCCUGGUGAAGGUGAAAAUAGGCAACUACGAAUACGAGAUCACGUCAAGCCAGCUGGACCUGAGUUACAACAACAACCAGAUGAUGUUCAAGCUGGAUCUUAACCCGAAGGACGAUCUGGGCCAAUAUGGCGUGGACAGCAGCGUCGAGGAGACUGAGAAGAGGAGAGAGAGCAGCACAGAGGGCUUCGGAGUGGUGCGAUUCGCGAGAGAGUACGUUAAGAGGCUGAUGGGAAGGAAGGAGCUGGAAAAAACGUAUAACCACGCGUACCUGAUGGUUAACGUGGAGCACAAGACAGUGAUGCAGUCGUCGAGCACGAGCAGCUCCUCAAUCAAUAUAUACUUCACGUCAGGGCUCUCGGUCACGAAUAAGUCCAGAGAGAUGGUCGUAGUCUUUCCAGCCUCAAGGACGCCGGAAAACAGAACUGUGUCGCAGCGGGACCUGAUGAAAAUGGACGUUCAGGCGCCCUCAGUGUCGGACACGAUGAUCACGAAGUCGUACUUCAGAGAGAGCAGAAUGACGGACCUGGACAAACUGUUUAAGCCCAUAUCGGUGCUGACGGACCACAAGUUGGUUAAGAAGAUAGAGCCCAGGAGUAAGAAAUCGGUCAGACAAAACAGCGGUAUUAACGAGUCGUACUCGUCCGCGCACAUGAGCGCCGGGGAGUUGCAGUACAUAGUGCUCAGAGGAGGAACGGAUAACCCGGACAAGGCCGCAAUACCGCUCCCCUGGAUAGUGGACGGGAAUAACACGAUAUGCGUGGCGCUGCUCUCGGACUUUAGCCUGAGCAACGAGCUGAGUGAAAUAGACGAGGAGACAGAGCAGAAGGUGUUCGCAAAGGAGAUACCGUGCGACGUGCUCCUGAGCAGAGAGGCGACGCUGCACAUAGUGUCCUCGUUCGAAGGACAGAGAAUCAAGGUGCCAGUGCCAGGAUUCGCGCCGACGUUGCACCUGGGGAGGUCGAAGAGAGGCCUCGAACGCGAGGGAGUGCACACGCUGGAGCCGAUGAGCAGAGAGCCUGUGGAGUCGAAAACGCAGAGCCAGGAGCACGACUACACAAUGAUACUCUCAUGCACCCUCAACGAGUUCACGAGCGUGCACAAGACGCAAAUACCGCUCAACCCAAUGAAGCACUGCCUGAAGCAGUACGAGUUCAUACUGGAGCCGAUCCAAGUGAUAGAAAACAUGAUGCCCUACGACAUAAACAUCAUCUCGCCGAAGCUGUACGCGAGUCUUAACACGCAGAAGACGGAGAACGGAAGGGAGCUGGAGAAGGUGCAGAGAGCAAUCAGCUUCGAUAACGUGGCGGACGGGUCUGAAGAGGAGCACAUGAGGCUGUUCUCAAGGUCCCUGAGCAUAUCGACGCCGCAGCUGGUGCACGAGGAGCUGAAGGAUAAGAUUCUGGGCCUGAGGCCACCCCUGGGAGACGUGAAGCAGGAGGACGACGAAGUGUUGUCUAUCAAGUCGGGAACGAGCAUGCACCUGGACAAGUACAUGACGAAAGCGAUAAUAUUCUUCAAGGACUUCUGCAGCAACGAGGUACUGUUCAAGAAGGAGAGGGCGAACACGACGCUGGUCUUCGAAAGAGUGACCGGAGCGCUGCUGGAAAACGCGGAAACGAGGCUCAACGUGGACCCGAGGCCCCAGUCCUCGUACAUGCCCGCGAAGAUCACAGUCUCAGUGGAGAUAUUUAAGAGGUCGGUGCAGCCUUCGAAAGACAAGGAGGGCCUGAUAAAGAGGUGCCUGGCCUCGUCGCAGAUAGUGUGCAGCAUAUACGCGGACAAAUGGGCAGUAAACUGGCUGGGAUACCCAAUACUGCUCUCGCGCUCAGACGCGAGGUACAUUCAGUGCUUCGGAGGAAACGGGUGCUCGGUGGUCUCGCAGGACCUGUCAAACACGGGGCUGCACAUGGUGGUCAGGAAGAACAACCUGAAGAAGAUACACGCCUACGACAUGUACAAGAAGAAGGAGAAGGGCUGGUCGCUCUUCAGGCUCACCUCGCCCUCGCACCUGAUCAGCAACAAGUUCGUGGUGCCGGAGCUGACAUUCAGCGCGUGCUCAAUACGGGACGUGCCCAACUACCCGAACCUGCACUACCUGGUCUCGACCUCGAUCGCACCCAUGCCCUUCUUCAGAACAGUGGUGAUGGAGAUACUGCCGCAGGUGACGAUCACGAACGACUUCGACCUCGACAUCUGGAUACGCGAGUACUUCAAGAGCAAGAGCGUGGUGAAGUCGGUGAUCAAGAAGACGGGAAUAUUCAGUAAGCUGAACAACAAGGUGAAGCUGUGGCUGCACAGAAGAGUGACCUCGACGAAGGACGACGAGGAGCACAUCAAGACCUCGGCGAGGAUGACGCUGGCGAAGUACAGCAGGAGCCUGCACAGAAUGAAGUCGGCGAAGACCCACAGCUACGCGAACAGGAAGAGCACGUACAAUGAGGACCGGGGAGGCUCCGCGGGCACUGCAAACUGGAUUAAGGUGAGCAGCGGGAUGACAGUGGAGUUCCACUCGCAGUCGAAGGGGGAGUUCUACCUGCAGGUGACUGCGAUAAACCCCGCGGACUUCCAGAACCUGAAGAACAUCAAGUUCUGGUCGUGUUCGCUCCUGAUAAAGCCCUCGUCCUCGACGCAGUUCAGGUACCCGGAGAGCAUCAAGUACAGGCCGAGCAUGAUGACGAGCGAAAAGCUGAGUCAGGCAGACAUAGUGAAGUACGGACUGUGCGAAGUGGAGACGCUGGUGCACAAGGGCUGUAAGAUGGUGCGCUUCCUGAGGCCGAUGAGCCCGGAGUGGAUGAUCAUCAACGCGACGGGCUUCAACCUGUACAUACAGCAGCUGGGCAUACUGUCGCACGGAGAGAUUCUGGAGAGGAAUAGCACGCUGAAGGAGCUGAACACGACGAGAGUAAACACAAUGAGGGACCUGAACAACAGAGACUACAUCGACCUGGAGUUCCAAAACGGAGUGGAGUACGGAUGGUACGACCCGCAGAAGGAGCAGAAGCUGAUAAUAAAGCUGCACCACCUGCAGGACAAGAACAACGAAGUGCUCGCGAAGUACGCGACGAAGGCGAACGUUAAUGUUAACGCUAACGCGCUGGGAGAGAAGCUGUUCGUGAAGGUGAAGGGAGCGCUGCUAAUAGACCUGGGAAAGGUGGAAAGCAUCAACGCGACCAACAUGUUCAACGUAAAAAUGGGACAGAUGAGGCUCAUGGCGAAGCUGAACGCGCAGACGAGCGUGAUCAUGGGCCAGAGGACGCUGAUCCUGACCUGCGGAAAGCUGAACAAGCUGCUGACGAGGAACAAGAAACUGUUCGACAUCUACAAGCAGAUAAAGAUUAAAAUACCGAACACGAAGGAGCAGUUCAACCCGCGCAACUACUUGCUCAACAGGUUCAAGUACAACGCGAAGAACGUGGAGGGGAUACGAGUGUCGGCGAGAAGGACGAACAACACGUACCCCUUCAGCGGAGGCAUGACGAACAGGCACCUGCGCAACAGGUCCCCGAGGGACACCGAGAGGAUGUCGACGAAGAUGCUGUACCUGCGGAACACGGCGCUGAGCGGAGCGAGGUCGAGCUCGCUGUCGACGAGGCGGAGCGCGGUGCCGAAGAGGCACACGUACCCGCUGACUGACAAGUACAGGCCGACGAACGCGGCGAGGGAGAAGGAGGUGGUGAUCAACAUCAGCAACGACUACACGCUCAACAUCUCGCUGAACGGGCUCGGAGUGUGCGUGUGCUCGUACCUGCCGGACGAGCUGCUCUACGUCUCGCUGGUGCUCGUGCAGUUCAACACGAGCUUCCAGGACAACGAGUCGCGCUACGAGUUCUCCGUCGGCUGGCUGCAGUCGGACGUGCACGACAUCGAGUCCUACUUCCCGACGAUGGUGAAGCCCGUGAUCAACUACUCGCCCUUCAACGUCGGCAGCAUCAACAGGAGGAAGGCGAGCUCGUACGUGCACCACGACGUCAUCACGAACAGCAACAAGCAGGUGAUCAACAUCGUGAUGAACACGAAGAGCAACCGCUACAUCAAGGAGAUCUCGCUGCUCAGCAUCGACAUUCAGCCGAUCAACAUUAACCUGGACACGCGCAUCAUCUUCUCCACGCUGCUCCUGCUCGACGACUACCUCUCGGUCUUCUCGCAGUCGGAGCGGAGCAUGGAGGCCUUCUCCGCGCCGCACGUGGGCAUCUUCAACUACGAGAACAUGCAGUCCUUCGACGACGACGUCUACACGCUCAGCGACGUCGUGCGCUCGCAGUACGGCGCCGACGCGUCCAAGGGCGCGAGGUACAACAUCUCGAGGCUGAUCAUCGGCAAGAUCGUGAUGGUGAUCAACAUAAGGCGCUCCGAGGCGCUCCAGAUGGACGAGCUGCCGCUGCUGAGUCCGACGGUGCGCUACCUGCUCUACAUCGUGAGGAGGACGCCGCACAUCUCGGACGCGCACAUCGUGCUCAACAAGGAGUCGCUGCUGCGGCUCUGCUGCACGCCCUACGUGCUCCUGUCCCACUUCGGCUCGCGCUACGUGAGUCAGGCGAUUCACCAGAUCUACAAGGUGCUCUGGGCGGUGGACCUGAUAGGGAACCCGAAGAUGAUAUUCAACCACUGGUUCUCGGCCCUGUACCAGUCGCUGAUAGACUUUAGAGAGGCACUGAGGUUCGUUCACCUGCCGCCAGUAACAUUUCUGUUGCUGUUGAAGGGAGUUAGCCAGUUUGGAAUAUCAGUGCUGUCAGGGAUAGUGGACGCAUUCUACAGGUUCACAGGAAGCUGGUGCAUACUCCUGAACGCAAUGGCACUUAAUUCGGACAGAUACGCGGUGUUUCUGCUAAACGAAGUGUUCCCGAAGAACUUCGGGCACCCAUCAAACGUGUUUGAGGGCCUGUAUUUUGGAACAAUGAUGAUGGGCCGUAAUCUAUACAUCAGUUUGGGAAACUUCGUGUUUAAGCCUGUGAACAGCUUCAAUAAGUUCCUGGAGUCGAUCAGGCUUAGGAGCGGAAACAAGGAGGUGCUGAUGUCGUUUCUGCACAUAUGGAGCUCACUGUGCUCCUCGUUGCUGAGCCUGCUCUUCGGGUCGUUCUCGUCGGCACUCUCCGGGCUCUCAAUAACGCUGCAAGGGCUGCUGAAUCAGAUGCACUCAGUGCCAAUGUUGUCAGCAAUUAGGCCGAGAAGGUCGCUGCAGCACCUGAAGAGCACAGGGCCGAUUCGAUACAACUUCCUGGAGUCGUGGUCGAUGGAAGCGUCGAAGAGAAUAGGACACACGAACCAGGUGCUCCUGGUGCUCCCACUGGACGUGAAGCUGAAGCUGUUCGACCCAGUGUACCUGGCAACGUCGCACUGGUCAGUGCUGGCAACGCACAUAAGCUCAAUCAGCCCACUGAUACUGAGUCAGUCGUUCGGAAACUUCAAGGACCUGAUAUGGAUAGAUAGACUCAACGUGGGAUACGUGGAAAAGGGACGCAUAAAAUGGAAACAUAACAUUAAGAGCGUAAAUAGAAUACAGCUGAUAGAACUGAACGCAGAGCUGAGCAGCAGGGGAACGGACGAAUUUGACAUAGAGGAAGUGAGUGAAUCGGAAGAAUAUGAAAACAUGAACAAGGGGAUUAACGCAAACGACGACGACGUGAGAGUUGUAAUCUAUGACUCGCACUUCUGCGAAAAGAAGGUGCAAAACACGAAGCUGAAGGUAGUGCUGCCCCUGAAAAAGGGAAAGAAGCUGCUGGGAAAGAGAAUGUACUUCAUGCGCAUCAUGUUCUCAGAGCCAGGAGAAGGACGCCAGUUCAAGUGGACGGGAAAAAAGAAGAUACCGCUGAAGCUGCAAAUUACACUGCAAAACCCCUACUAUCUGCAGGACAACGCGUCGAGCAAGAUAAGUAGGACGGAGGGAGGCCUGAGUCAGCGAGAAAGACAAAUACAUAAGCAAAUACACGAAAACCUGGGAGGAAUCGCGAGGCAGCUGAACAGACUGAGCAUAAGCACGCAGAGAAACAACGAAGGAGAACUGGAACUGGAGCCAGUAAAAAAGUUCGGAGACCUGUAUAACAUAAAGAAGGAGCUGGUUGAUAUAAACAACUACGUAAAGACACUGAGCAAAGUCAAGUACAAGAACGUAGACGAGGGAGAACGCACGGAAAUGAUUAAAAGGAAAAGGGAAAGCGAAGAGGAGCACAACUCAAAAGAAUGGGACCUAAACGAGGAGGAACAAUAUAUCUAUGACAAGUUUAACAGCAUAAUCUCAGAUUACACGGAAAGGCACACGGCUCGAGGAAGAAACAGCGGAAUCGGAAGACAAAAGGGGCAUAAAUCGGAUAAAACGGACGUACACAACGAAAUGGCGGAAAACGAGGAAGAGGAGUGGGUAGAAAUAGUGAAAAUGCCAAAUCUAGAAACGGGAAAACUGUAUUUCACACUGCUAACCUCUGUGAUCAGAGAAGUGGCACUUUAA